AGGUUUUGGAAACCUUUUCUAGGCGCCGAGCUGCUGGCCUCGCUGCAGUUCCCGUGCGCGAAGCAGCGGCGAAAGCUGGCGAUGCGGGCCAAGAUGCAGCUCCUGAUCGGGUGCAAUGGGAGGACUUUCGUGGCUCUCUGUAUAAUCCUCUUUGUGGGAUACACGGCGCAAGGCGCACCGCUGCAGAAGGCAAGAUACAAGCGGGUGAGGUGCAGGCCAGACUCCUGGUCCACCAACUGCAUCGAGGAGAAGGGGCCCUGGUUUUAUAUGCCUGAAGGUGGAGCCAACCGCAUCCUGCCUCCCAUGGCUGAUCCCUCUCUGAUGAAGGACUACCAGGAGCUCGUCCGUAUGUUUCCGCUUUCGGAAGAGGAGUCUGGCUCUGGGUCUGAGGACGUGGCUGAAGCGGAGCAGGAGUCUGGGUCAGGGGCUGACUUCGGCACUGAUUACGCCAACAUGAAGUUCCCUGACUUCUUGGCAGGCCGGCAAAAGAGCAAGCUGAAGCGGCAGCUCACAGAGGAGGCUUUAAUUCUGUAGGGGAGGAAACCUGGCCCUCAUCAUAAAGAUUGUGACCUUUCUUGUCUUUGGCACGUCUUCUCUGGUGUAUGACCGAAUGUGAUUACUCUCAGGACAAAACAGUUUUAUACGAGUUCUAAAUCAAUAAAAACUGCCUUACAAUCUCUAUUGCUUUUAUUCACUAAAAAAUCUGUAUUCAAUCUGAACUUACUCUUAGCUUUUGAAGUGUACAGUAGCCAUCCAAAUCAGGGGAAAAUAGGAUUUUAAAGGAUCUGUCAUAAUCUUGUAUGUAUAAAUAUUAUGGCUGACAAAAAAAAAAAAAAAUCACCCAAUGGUAAUAAAUUAAAAAUCUUUAUUUAAUGGGAAUCAGCUGCACAUUAACACAAUUCAAUUAAUUAUGUAAAAUCAACUGAAAGAGUUGCCUUUCAUCUGACUUUCCUUAGAUUAUUUCCUUAAAAAGCACAAAAUGUUGUGAACUGUUCUGGCACUAUAGAUGUUAUUUCCUGUUAUGAAUGUAAGAGUGGGUCUUGUUGUUAUGGCUGGUCUGCCUCGGUGUAGCUUGUACACUAUUUUGGUUGUGUUACCUUAAUAAAAGUUAUAACGUAAGGCAAAACCCAUAAUCCCCUUCUCCAUUCUCUCCUUGUGACUUUUAACAGUAGAAGUGGCCAACGAGCAAGUGCACCUACCUUUCAAAUUGCUGAAUGGAUUUUCCCGUGAUGUCUGUAUUGACUCGGCUGUAAUCCUAUUAAAAUAUAAAUUAAACCAUUUUUUUCUUAA